CGCGGCAGGCCCCCUGGGCCGCCUCUCGCGAGAGUAGGAGUUUUGGCGAGAGUUUGUGGAAGAUGGCGCCUGUUGUGACAGGGAAAUUCGGUGAGCGACCUCCACCUAAGCGGCUCACCAGGGAAGCUAUGAGGAACUAUUUAAAGGAGCGCGGUGAUCAAACAGUCCUAAUACUUCAUGCAAAAGUGGCUCAGAAAUCCUACGGAAACGAAAAAAGAUUUUUUUGCCCUCCUCCGUGCGUCUACCUUAUGGGAAGUGGAUGGAAGAAAAAAAAAGAACAAAUGGAGCGAGAUGGCUGUUCCGAGCAAGAGUCUCAACCAUGCGCCUUUAUUGGGAUUGGAAAUAGUGACCAAGAGAUGCAGCAGUUAAACUUGGAAGGAAAGAACUAUUGCACAGCUAAAACCUUGUACAUAUCAGACUCUGACAAGCGAAAGCACUUCAUGUUAUCUGUAAAAAUGUUCUAUGGCAAUAGUGACGAUAUCGGUGUUUUCCUUAGUAAACGGAUCAAAGUCAUCUCCAAGCCUUCAAAAAAGAAACAAUCGCUAAAAAUGCAGACUGUAAUAUGCAUCGCAUCAGGGACAAAAGUGGCACUGUUUAAUAGACUUCGGUCCCAAACAGUUAGCACCAGAUAUUUGCACGUAGAAGGAGGGAACUUUCAUGCCAGCUCACAACAAUGGGGAGCAUUUUACAUUCAUCUCUUGGACGAUGAUGAAUCCGAAGGAGAGGAAUUCACAGUCCGAGAUGGCUAUAUCCAUUAUGGCCAGACGGUCAAACUUGUUUGUUCGGUUACUGGCAUGGCGCUCCCAAGAUUGAUAAUACGGAAAGUGGACAAACAAACCGCUUUACUAGACGCAGAUGAUCCAGUAUCCCAGCUCCAUAAGUGUGCGUUCUACCUUAAAGAUACUGAACGAAUGUACUUGUGCCUUUCCCAAGAGAGAAUUAUCCAAUUCCAAGCCACUCCUUGCCCCAAAGAACCAAAUAAAGAGAUGAUUAAUGAUGGAGCUUCGUGGACAAUCAUUAGCACAGAUAAAGCAGAAUAUACAUUUUAUGAGGGCAUGGGACCCGUCCAUGCUCCUGUAACACCUGUGCCUGUUGUAGAAAGUCUUCAGCUCAAUGGUGGUGGAGAUGUAGCAAUGCUGGAACUAACCGGGCAGAACUUCACUCCAAAUUUGCGUGUCUGGUUUGGGGAUGUGGAAGCUGAAACGAUGUACAGAUGUGCCGAGAGCAUGCUGUGUGUCGUCCCAGAUAUCUCUGCCUUCCGGGAAGGAUGGCGGUGGGUCCGUCAGCCCGUCCAGGUUCCGGUCACGUUAGUGCGCAACGACGGCAUCAUUUACUCCACCAGCCUUACCUUCACCUACACCCCAGAGCCCGGCCCCCGACCGCACUGCAGUGCCGCCGGGGCCAUCCUCCGCGCCAACUCGAGCCUCCUGGCCGCCAGCGAAUCGAACACAAACAGUGAGGGGGGGUACACAAAUGUCAGCACAAACCCCAGUAGCGUCACGUCGUCCACAGCCACCGUGGUUUCCUAACCCACCGCUCUAUGUGCGGGAACUUCUUUUUAAAAAAAAAACAAAAAAACCCCACACAACUUUUCAAGUGCUUCAAAGACUGAAACCGAACAACUUUCGUGGUUUCCCCCAAGGGGGAAGGAGAAAGAAAAGAAAAAAAAAGAGAAAAAAAAUAAUACAACUCCCCCCCCCUCUUUGUCGCUGUAUGAACUUUUAUCACCUACAAGUGCUGAUCUCAAUUCGAAGCCACAAUAAAAAUGAAAUGCGUUGGGGGUGGGGGGCGACAGCAACCCUCUUUACGGAAAAAAAAUAUCUAUUUUUAGUUUGUCUCUUCAAAAAUGGACACGCGACUGCAGUUAAACAAAAGUGGCUGAGAUUCAAAUUGAACUAGUAAAACAUGGACAAAACAUGGUUUUUAUGGACCAAGGAACACUUUAGUAGAGAAAAAGGUACAUUUUCACCAUGCCUUUUUGUAUCACAACAUAUAGUACGUUUUUGUUACCAAAUAGUUUAUAUUAUUAUUAUUAUUAUUAUUAUUAUUAUUUUUCUUCCUCUUGAGCAUUUGCUCUGAAGUAUAUUUGGGUCCCAAGCCUGACCAUGCUUGUAUAAUCUAAUUACCAUAUUCUUCCAUAUAUUUGCGCGGUCUGUGGCUGGAACCGUCGCAUUUUUUUUAAAAAAAAAAAACAACCUGAAGUCUUGUGACUUUUUAUGAACUGAAUUCUGAAUUUUUUUUUUUUUUUCCAGCAAGUAGAACCUUGUAAAGGCCAGCAUAUUUUUUUUUAAGAGUUAUAUGAAGUUUGUGCAAAAAGCUUUAAAAGAAAUGCCUCUGCCUUGCCUGCAAUACAUACUUGCAACGUAUGUUGACCCCGGAGCUCCUUCCUUCCCCCCCCCCCCCCGCCCCCCAUCGUUGUGCAUCGUUCUUAUUUCGUGUUUCUCUUUCUCUCUUUUUUUUUAAAAAAAAAAUGUAUUUAUAACGUUGAUUCCCGAGGUUUUUAACAUUAGAAAUGUGGCCUCUUGUGCAGUUAUUCGAACUGCCCUUGUGUUUAAUGUACGUGAGUGUUUUAAAAAAAGGAUUUUGUUCUUUCCCUUUCCGCCAUCAAUACAUGCCUCAGAAAAAACAAAUGUUUUCAGGAUUUUGUCAAGGUGGCUUUAUUUUUUAUUUUAUUUUUUUGGUUACCCCUGUACAUAAUUUGCUAUUAAUUGUAAGUUAUGUGUGCGUGUAUGUGUGCAUGUGCAUAAUUUGAAUUUUUUUUUUUUAAGAAAAAAGAAAAAAAAACUAGUCUGCUCCCAAUAACAUUAUCCGGCUGCAUGUUUUCUGUCAUAAGCAGGCGUCAGCAUUCACUUCAAACAUGGGUCACAAAUUGUUGGGUGCUUUAUUUUAUACUGGGAAUUGUGAGAAAUUACCCUCGCUCUCCUCCCAUGUUACAUCAUUUUAAUGAACUAAUGUCCAUGUAUUCCUCCCCUCCCCUUCCUGCCAUGUAAAGAGAUUGUCCCCCACCUCCCCUUAAUUUCUGAUUGCAAAAGCACUGAUGUUGGCUAUUCUUCCCUUUUUCCUCCCCAGUUACAUAAAGCAACGUUCAAUUCGUCUCUCAGUUGCAUGUUAAAUCAGCACCAAAUUAGACCAUUGUGUUCUUCUACAGUCAUUGAGGUUUAAACAGCAGAGAGGCCGCCCUACCAAUGGGCCCCAUACGACUAACGUAUUUUAAAACCUGUGCAUUAAUGGGAGAGUCAGUUAAUUUCCAACAUUGGUGUAAUUGCUUGUAUCAUUUUGGAAUCCCCCAAUGGAUAAGAUUCCUUGGUAUUCAAAAAUUUUCCAGUGACUGAAGCCGUUUGCAAGAAAUAUCUGAAGAAUUCCAAAACGUGCCUCAAGGGUCCCACGAGUUUUAGCUUCCGUUGAGUGGCGUCUCCUCAAACUUAUGUGUUUUAGAAAUCUAGUGACUUGGAUUCGAUGGAUAAGUAGAUGAUCCAGAAGGUUGCGUGCUGAGUCUAGUUACGUAGAUCUUGCAUCACAUAUUGGCGGAUUCUCAAAUGCCAUAACAGGGUAGGUGGGUGUUGAAAUUCAUUAAUUGGGCUUUGACUUGCACUUAGAUGCAUCCGUUUUGGUACUUGGUUAGGCGCUUGCCACGUGCUGUCUUUAUCCUGCCCUCUUUUGCAUAAUUAAUAAAUUAUAAAUUUAUUUGCAAGCAAAGAAUUAGGAUCAUCGGAGUUUAGUCCCAUUUUUUUCCCCUGUCAUAAAAGGUGGAUAUCCUUUAUUCAUUAUAAAUCUUCAUUGUUCCAUAGACGGAAGACUUAGUACAGUAACCGAUGUUAAACUUCUUAAAAAUAAAGCUUUGUCUGCAAAGUACAUGAACGAUUUCCACGCACAAUUCGAUUUUUCUCCCCAAUUAAAGGCUGCUUAGUUGAAGACUGCAGCUGCUAAGCACAGUUGAUCGAUUCGGUGCCACUAUCGAAAAAUUAGUCUUUUAUUUCCAACUCAGACUUCCCUGCUUGCUAUUUUUUUUCCAUUCAAUUUAAUACUUUCCAAAUAACAUGCUUGUUAAUUUUUGGUUCCUAAUAAUAACCAAUCUCCACCUUGCCUCAUCUUGUUCCCUGCAAUGACCAAAGGCAAGGAUUUAUUGUGGCCUUAUCACUUGCUUGAACCUCCUCCCAGGAGCCUGCAUAUUUUUCCUGUUUCAUUGUUCCUUGUUGUGAUGUACACAGGAAACCCUUGUGUAGUGUAUGCUUAAGAGUUCUACAGAGUAUAAUGCUGCACUUUUUGUGGAAUAGGCUACUAAACCUUUAGCCAACUGUUUUGAGGAUCCAAAAACUGAUGGCAUCCUAGGUUUUCCUUAGCCUUAGAGAACUUAAUUGUCUAGUACAGAAUUGAUUAAAACUGCUGUAAGCCUUUCAGCCUUCACAGACUGACGUUUUGGCAAACUUUUGGAUUUCUUUGCCAUAAUUCAGCAUUAACUUCUUUCCAAAUGGCUCGCCAGCUGAUUUGUUUAGUUCUGUUCAGCCCUUGUUGAGCAGAAUACCAUUCGGUAUUUUGCAUUUUUGAAGGACUCUGGUAGAACACAGACAAACUUAACCUUCUCUACUCUUUUUAAUCUUACCUGUAACAACUAUGAGAGCAUUGUGGAGAAAGGGGGCGCGGAGGAUUAGUAUAUUUUUUCACAGCAUCUUUUAACCUUAGCUUUUACAGAUUUAUUGGGGGAAUAAUUGUCUUUGUAGGUGUUGUAGAUUUGGGAAGGCUCCGGAGCCUUGUUGCCCUGAGAAGAAUUCAUGUGGCCUAGUUUUUACUUUCUGAGUCAGUCUUAUCUCUUUUAUCAGCUGCAUUUCUUUACGUCAUCGGAGUAUUUGUUCAGUUCUUAGAACAGCAACCUCAAAUAAGCUCAUGUUGCAUUUGUUUCCCAAGAAUGAAACUUGCCAUCAUCCUCUGUUCUCUUAACAAAGCAACUGGCUAACCUGCUAGCUAUCGCGGAAUAAAGACGGAACUAGCUGAGAACCAGCAGUCCAUUUUACAGCACCCGUUCAAUUCUGAUAGCUACUAGGUGGGGAUAUUAUUAAAUUCAUCAGGCUCAUGAUGAAACUACAUGUCUGAUGAAGCCCCCCCCCCCUUUUUUCCUUUUUCUCCUCCCCUUUUUAAAAAGGUCCUGCCUAGUCUUGUGACCCGUGAAUCAAUCCUAAUUGCAAUCCAGAUGCUUCCAUUGUUAACGGAGCGGAUAAUUAAUUUGAAUUGUUGUUGGAAACAAGUUUUUUUUGAUAACCUAAAAAAAAACAGUGAAUUUGCUUUGUUCUGCCUGGGAGCAGCUAAGUUGCGAGCAUCGCAGCUGCAUUUUAAGAAAGGUCUGUCUUUUUAUUCAGUCGAUAGCCUCUCACUUGUCAAGGUUUCGAAAUAAGGCGGCUAAUAAGCGUCCUUUUCAUGCAAUGCAGUCCAAUUUGGACCAAAGAGCUUUAAGGUGGCUUUCACUGCAGAAUGAAAUAACCCAUUUUCACUGAUCGAUCUUGCUGUUUUACUUCCACUUUUCGAAAGCUGUGUAGAUGAUGGAAUAUCAGAAUUGUCUACUACUUUGCGUCGUUCUUUACCUUCAAACACUGUAAUUGUAGGAUUGAGUGGAACUCUGUGUCCAAAAAAUAGGUUUCCAUUCUUCUUCUCCUCCUCCUCCUCUCCUCCUCCUCCUCCUCUUUCUCCUCCUCCUCCUCCUCUUUCUCCUCCUCCUCUCCUUCCUCCUCCUCCUCAUCUACGUGUUUUUCUUCCAUCGAAGCUGCAAUUGGCACAACUGCUUCAAUAUGUUGUUUGGGCCCUCCAACAUGUGUUCAAUAAUAAUUCACGCAUGGCUCUGGGUCUAGAGGAGAAAAGAGGAAGAGAGAAACAUCUAUAGCCCUCUCUUUUGAGUGCUAACUCGGAAGCAUUCACACGCAGCGUGGAGGGAUGUAUUCACAGUGGUUUUAUUACAACUCCACAUGAUGUCUUGGCCAAGCAGGGAUACGUAGCUAUCGGUAAUCCCUGCAAAACUUUACGUUCAGUUGUCUGCUGUCUAAUUUGGUGGGCAUUCAGCUGCUCCGUAGAGCUCUAGGCAUGGAGAAGGAGAGAGAAGUUUUUCCUUACAGAUAGUGUGUGUGCUUGCAUAGGUAAAUAGGCUGCAGUAUAAACGACAGUCUGCCUCUCUGAACUCCGUAGGAUUUACUUCCAAGCAACCUUAACAUAACGGGGACAGUUAGGAAAUCGCCCAUAACCAUUUGCUACAGUUCGCAGGCUUCUAGUUAUUACAUAUUUCUGGUGUUCGUCUGUGUUACUUGGUCAUGCAGUCCUCUUUUUUUUUUUUUUUUUUUAAAAACCUUUUAUUUUGCAAAUGAUGCACCUGUAAAGUUUCGUAGCAAUAAGAAGACUGAAGAAGUUUUCGCUGUCAUUUUUUUAUACAAAAAACAACAGAAAACCCAAACGGCUCAAAUGACCUGUUUUGUCAGUCAAUAAAUAAAUUAAAAGCCUGCAACCCAACAGCAGUUUGCAGGAAUGAAUUAAAAAAAACCCCAUCAUAAGAGGUAUGUUGUCACGUGUACGGUGUGUAAAUUAGCACAUUGAAUACUUGCUUGUUUUUAAAGAAGGGGGGAAAAAAGAUUUGCUGAAGUUUGUUAAGAAUGAAUUAAAUGUUAUGUUACUCUUCCUGUGACUUAAUUCGUCAUAUCCCCCCCCCCC